CUGCUAUACCAAUCAUCAUAUUAAACAGUUUAGCAAAAGCAUACAAUUCCUGCAGCAUACUGCUUCUAUAUCAUACUACUACUGCUAAUGCUAACGCUUUACCAAUCAAGGCCUAAUUUCUCUACCUGCUUUUACGGGCUAGUUUUCCGAUUUUUCUGCAUCUUCCAGAGUUAAAAGGGCUAACAACCAUAGCAGGAUAUUAGAGAUACUAACAACUGUUUCUCAAUAUAAAUCGUGUACCAAGUGCGGAAACUGUAAUCAAAACUCCACAAUUUGUUAUACUUAUUGAAAAUUUCUAAGCUAAUAAAUGAAAAUAAAAAGGUACAACUCAGACAAGUGACAAAAGUUUGGUUUGGGGUAGAGAGACAAUCAAAACAUACUUAGGGGAGUGUAUUGGACUAAAAGUUUUAGGAGAUUUGGGUUUUUUUUGUAAAAUCCACUGUUAUUUAACUACUGAUUCUUUAAAUUUUUUCCAAAUCAUGUGUUAUUGAAUAUGGAAUUUAUGUGAAAUCAUUAAAACCCACUUGAAAUCCAUUGUUAUUCAACUAUCAAUUAUAAAAAUUGUUUUGAGUUCAAAAAAAAAAAAAAAAAACUAUCAAUUAUAAAAAAUUUAUCAAAUCUAGUGUUAUUCAAAACUAAACAUUAUUUUGUAAGAGAACUUUGUAAAAGGAUAUUAGAAUACUUUGCUUUCUUUUUUAGUUGAAAAUAGUUUAUACGAAAUACACACCCCCAUAUAUUUGGAGAAAUUUUCAUAAUUAUAAAAGAAAAAACAUUAUAGAAAAACACGUGCAAAAGAAUAACAGUUUCUUCAUUCUCCAGUCUUAGACCAUCCGCAACGGCAGUUUUAGGACAAUCCUUAGGAGUUAAUCCUUAAGUUUAAUUAAUAUAAUAUUAGCAAAAAGGGGAAAUAAACUAAGGAAUGGUCCGUAAUUAAGGAUCAAAUUGGGGUGAUCCUUAGUGACGUGGCACACGCAUUUGGUGCGUUGAGUGAAGGGUCUCGCGUCUUCUUUUCAUUUAUUCUCACCACGAAAAAAAAAAAACAGAGGAGGCGACAAAGGCGAUUCUGCUCUCGAAGGUGAAGAACACUAAUCGAAGGGUUCUCGACGAUAAAGAGGUUAAUCGAAGGGUUGUCGGUGCAAUCGAAGGUAAAUCGAAAGGUUCUCUCGUUGAUUUAUUGAUUUACGCUAGGUAUAAAGUUGUGUUCCUCGCAAAUUAGGGUUCGGAUUUGGGGUUCGAAAACGGUUUUUGUUUGAAUCGAAUCGUGGAUUAUUUUUUUUUCAAAUUAUUGGUUUCAAAAUGAUAAGGGUUUAAAUCGAUUGGGGGAUAUUAUAGUUUUUGGUAAGGGUCUGAAAAUGCAUUAACGCCUUUGUUUGCUUUCAAUCGAUAACGCCUUCGUUUCUCUGCUUUCAGGUAAAGAAAAAUGGGUCGUUAUAGCUACAGCCAGCCUUCAUCUUCAGAGGAGUACGAUGUAGAUAUAACUUCGCUUCUUCAAGCGGAGGCUGAUCUAUACUCCGACGAUGCUGACAGUAGGCAGAACAUACCGGAGCCGGUUGAGUACCCUCCUCAACCUGAGAGUGAUGAUGGAAUCCCCGCUACCUGCUACUGUGGUAGUGAGGCAGUUGUUAAAACUUCUUACACAAGCAAAGAUCCAGGGAGAAGGUACUUCAGUUGUUCGAACACGGAUGAUGGAGACUGCCAUGUGUGGAAAUGGUGGGAUGUGGCGGUCAUGGAGGAGUUGCGUGACCAGCAGAGACAACUUAGGGAGCUUAAGGAUCAAGCUUAUGAGAGUGACGAGAAGCUGGUUAAGGUUGAGAAGUUUGUGGGGGAGUUAACUAAGAAGAAAACCGGGAUUGCAAAUGGCUAUCCAUUGCUUGUUUGUGUGUUGGUUAGUGUAGCAUUCCUAAUAUGUAUGGUGGUCAUGUUCAAGUGGGUUGCAGAGAAGGACAACGUCGUAACAGAGAGCCUGGAAGAGCUUCAGGAAGAGGUUCAGAGGAUGAAAAUGCGACUGUCUGACCUUUACAAGGUAAUGUACAAACAACUUCCAACCUUCAUAUAUGAGAUGUAAUCAAAAUGCUUGAAUAUAUGUCAUUGCAUACUAGUAAUUAAAAGUCAUGUUGUAGCUAUAAAUGCAUACUAAACCACCAUUUAAUUGACCGUAACUGCAUUUUGCAAAGAACCACUUCAUUAAAUUAUAGCUAGCUGUUUUGAUAAGACUGUUUUCUACUAGGAGUAAUUGUAGAAUCCCCUAUUUAAUCCUACUGGUUAGUCGCUGUAGAAUCACAAUUACUUAUUCCCAAAUGGCAACUUCCUCUAGUUUUAUUAACCUUUUAGCGAGUCAAGACUCAGUUGAGCUUGAGUCUUUAGAAACUCCCAUCUUUAGUUCUCAAUCUCCGCAAGAGUCAACUGUGAAAGAGAGAAGAAAGUGGACUGUCAAAGAGGAUUUAGUCCUCGUUGGUGCUUGGCUCAACACCAGCAAGGAUGCAAUUGUAAGUAACGAACAAAAAGGUCUUGCCUUUUGGAAGAGGAUUUUAUAUUACUACAACAACAGUCCUGUCCUGGUUGGGACAGUGCCAAGAGAACUAGGCCAAUGCAAGCAAAGAUGGGCUCGGAUCAACGAAUUGGUGUGUAAGUUUUCUGGCUGCUACGACUUGGCCCUGAGAGAGCAGAGAAGCGGCCAGAAUGAGAACGAUGUGAUGAAGGCUGCAUUGGAGAUCUUCAGCAGUGACCAUCACAUGAAGUUCAACUUGGAACACGCGUGGAGGGAGCUUAGACAUGACGUCAAAUGGUGCUCCACCUUUCUGGAGAAGGACAAGGAUAAGCGGAAAAGUAUGGAUUCUCCACUGCCAGUACCAGAGCCAGAAGCUAGACCGGUAGGGGUUAAGGCUGCUAAGGCCGCAGGUAAGAGGAAGAAAACUGGAAAAGAAGAAGAACUAACCAAGAUAGAAGGCUUGUUGGCGACGAAAAAGGAAAUCUCUAAGCAUAGUUUGUUACAGAGUUUGCUAGAAAAGCCCGAGCCACUCUCUGAGAUGGAAGCAGCACUGAAAAAUAAACUGUUGGCUGAAAUAUUGUCGUGAAUUAUGGUUUGUUAGCUUUAGUGAUGUUUGCAUUAGAAGAUUGAUUUACUUAACUUACUUACUCAUGUCAUUUUCUUUGUUUCAGGUGAAGAGCAAGACAUGUUCCAGUUGAAGACAACAGAUGAUGUCUCUUCCAAGUUUUACGUUUCUGAAUGUCACGGGUAGUCUUGAAUCAAGUCAGAACCAAAAUAUUUGGAACAAGUUUGGUAAUGAUUAAAAUGUUUAAUUAUUGUAUGUUUCUAUUUUGUCUUUUAAUAAAUAAAAUUUUUUAUCUUUAUUGUUUUAAAAUUUAAUUUUUUUUUGGCUAAGGAUUCCAAAACGGAUAACACCAUUGGACCAAGAUUUAGGUUUAAAGUCCUUAACUAUUUAAAAAAAAAAAAAAUAUUAAACUAAGGCUAAGGACUCCAAUGGUGGGUAACACCAUUGGAGGUGC